AUGGCUUUCACUUGUAAUUCAUGUGGGUUAGCAUUCCCUGAUGCUGCUAAUCAGAGAGAACAUAUGAAGUCUGAUUGGCAUAGAUAUAACUUAAAGAGAAGAGUUGCUCAACUUCCACCUAUUGACGAAGAUUCUUUUGUAAGUAAAGUAGCAUCAUUAAAGAUUGAAGGUGAUGAGAAGACUUCUAAGAAAGAUGAAAAAAGAAGGCAAAAGGAAGCUAUUUUAGAACAAAAGAGAAAGAUUUUGGAAACUGCCCGUAAAGCUAUGCAACAAAGAAAAGAUGAUGAAAUCAUGAAAGGUACAUUAGAUGAAACUAUUGAUUCUGGUGAUUUGGAAUUUCAAAAAGAAGUUGAAAAAGCUCAACAAGCUGAACAAGUUAAUGAACCUCCACAAUUAACUCCUGAACAACAACAAGAACUUUUAAUUCAAGAAAAAUUAAAGAAUAAAGUUGAUUUGCCUGAAACUACUUGUUUAUUCUGUUCUCAUAAGGAAAAUGCUGAUUUCCCAACUGUUGAUGAUAAUAUUCUCCAUAUGUUCUCCAAACAUGGUUUAUAUGUUCCAGAACAAAAGUAUUUGGUUAAUAAAACCGGAUUGGUGAAAUAUUUAGGAGAAAAGAUUGGUUUUGGUAACGUUUGUCUUUGUUGUAAUUAUCAAGGAAAGAAUAUUGAAGCUGUUAGAGAGCAUAUGAAGAUUAAAAGACAUAUGAGAAUACCUUAUGAAUCAGAAGAUGAAAAAUUAGAAAUCUCUGAAUUUUAUGAUUUCACCACCAGUUAUGACGCUAAUGAAGAUGAUGAAGAAGGAGAAUGGGAAGAUAUUGAAGGUGAAGAUGGUGAAGUUGAUGAAGAUGAAGAUGAUAUACCCUCAGAUGGUGCCAUUAUUCAAAACGGUCAUGAACUUAUCUUACCAAGUGGUAGAGUAUUGGGUCAUAGAAGCUUACAAAGAUAUUAUAGACAAAACUUACCACCUGAAAGAGAAUUAACUGAAGCUCAAGGUACAGUUAUUGCUGCUGAAAAUAGAAACUUAUUAACUGUUAGAGAUAAGAAGGCUCAUGAACAACAAAAGAGAGAUUGGAAAUCAGAGAUUAGAAGAGCUAAAUAUUAUGAUAAGAAAUUCUCUAAGAACAUGAAUAAUCAAGAACAUUAUAGGGAUCAAUUAUUGCAAUAG